UGAACCCGGCUCGAACCCGAACCGGGGCUGUUCUGCCCAAGCUAACUCCGACCCGGCCUUCGAGGUAAGAUCCGAGGGAUUGUCAUGUGCGUGCUGCAGCGACCUAAACAUCGCGAAGCUCAAAAUUCGAUAGCUAUGGUCAAGGCGUCACACCCGCGAACUGUAAUUGCAUAAUAGCACGUCGUUCCGUGCGGGACGGGCAUUCAUUGGAGACGACCCAAUUACUCCAUCUCCUCUCUCUCUCUCUCUCUCUGGCUUUCAAUGUCUCAAAUGAUGAUCGUUACGUAAUAGAGCUGCUCCAGUUCCUCCCCUGCUUCACUGCGUCCGCCCUUCCUUUCCUUCGGCAUCUAAAAAACUGAAUAAAAUUGUUCAUUUCAAUCUCAUUUCUCGAUUUCCGAAAUCCCAGGAUCGACUUCCAAUUCGAGCCUGUUCUCGGAAAGAUUUGCAUCAUGAAACAAUUGCACAAGCAAUCCAGCGCGAAUCACCGGCGAGACGAAGAGAUUCCGGCGACGGUGACGUCUCCGUACUCACCUAAAACUCUGAAACACCCCAGAUCCCUUCCCAGAUCCAUCAACUACCUCUUCAAAGAGCAGAGACUCCUCUUCAUUUUGGUGGGUAUCUUGAUAGGCUCCACAUUUUUCAUUCUACAGCCCAGCCUGUCCCGCCUCGGCCCCUCCGACACUGCCUCCUCCAUACCCAGAUCGUUUUCCGUUAGUCUCACCAAUCGGGACCAGCAAGCGCCGUUUCGCAAUCCGAAAAAUUUUCCGGCGGCGAAGACGGGGAGAGUCCCGGUGGGGAUCGGGAGAAGGCGAUUGCGAAUUGUCGUCACCGGCGGAGCUGGAUUUGUUGGGAGUCAUCUCGUCGAUAAGCUUUUGGCGAGGGGGGAUGACGUGAUCGUCAUUGAUAACUUCUUUACAGGGAGGAAGGAUAAUGUGAUGCAUCAUUUUGGGAAUCCAAGGUUUGAGCUAAUUCGUCACGAUGUGGUAGAACCGAUAUUGUUGGAAGUGGAUCAGAUCUACCACUUGGCGUGUCCUGCAUCUCCCGUUCAUUACAAGUAUAAUCCUGUCAAAACUAUUAAGACAAAUGUGAUGGGCACUUUAAAUAUGCUGGGCCUUGCAAAAAGAAUUGGGGCAAGGUUUCUGCUCACCAGUACUAGUGAAGUUUAUGGGGAUCCUCUUGAGCAUCCACAGAAGGAGACGUACUGGGGACAUGUGAACCCAAUUGGUGUAAGGAGUUGCUAUGAUGAAGGAAAGCGGACAGCUGAAACCUUAGCAAUGGAUUAUCAUCGGGGUGCAGGUGUUGAGGUGCGUAUAGCACGUAUUUUCAAUACAUAUGGACCUCGUAUGUGCUUAGACGAUGGGCGUGUUGUCAGCAAUUUUGUUGCUCAGGCCAUCCGCAAGCAGCCAAUGACUGUGUAUGGUGAUGGAAAACAAACAAGAAGCUUCCAAUAUGUCUCUGACUUGGUUGAUGGGCUGAUGGCUCUAAUGGAGGGCGAGCAUGUGGGGCCUUUCAACCUGGGAAACCCUGGGGAGUUUACCAUGUUAGAGCUCGCCGAGGUCGUGAAAGAAGCAAUUGAUCCAAGUGCAACAAUAGAGUUUAAAGCGAACACUGCUGAUGAUCCGCACAAGAGGAAACCAGAUAUCAGCAAGGCUAAGGAGUUGCUUAACUGGGAGCCGAAAAUCUCACUGAGAGAGGGGCUGCCUCGGAUGGUGACUGAUUUCCGAAACCGCAUCUUGAAUGAAGAUGAAGGGAAAGGUCUCAAAUGAGAAAGACUGCAGAAAUGAAUGUGUAUAGUAUGAAGAGGAAGCCACUUUUGUUGAUUCAAUUCAUUUUACUAAUAUUUUGGGUUGGUGUCAUCCAACCUUGUUUUGCAUUCCUGGAAACGCCAGCAAUAUCCACAGUUGUAGUAAGAUGCAUACAUACAUAACUAUGACCCAACUUUGUGUUUUUGGCCAUUGGAGGUGAAAUGGUUGUGUAUGGAGGUGAGCAAAUUUUGAUAUUCUCAAUAUGCAGAUUCUGCGUACAAAAUUUUUGUACCACGGAUAAUCAGGAAUUUAUUUAAAGUCCUUUCUCUA